CAACAAGUCGGACUGAGUGACUGACCAUCUGCUCUGCAAGAAGGGCCCAACCACCAAUCCCUACCGCGACAGCUCCCAACACGUCCUCUACAACAACAGUCUCGCGACACACACAUAAAUACACACAAACAAAACAAUAGCUAGGAGCGACCUAUCCUCAUGGCUCCUUCACACCCCUCCCGACCCACUUGCAGCUCGCUUGGGAAGAUCACGGCCAAGCUCUUGCUCUCCUUCCUGGUCCUGUCAGCUUUCGCAGGAGCUUCAGCGCGACUCGUCGUCGACACCGACAUACUCGCACCUGGCGAUGUUUUGGCUCCUGGACCGGUGAUAGUGGGAGGGGAAGAUCACGAGAAGAAUGUGGCGAGCGAAGGCGUCCACGAGUUUAGUCUCCGACACAUCCUACACCACGGGACACACCAAUACCCGCGGAUGUUACGGCGGUUAGAUGUCCACCCCGAAUCGCUUGUCUCCACUGAGGAGUUGCCCGAGUUCCACCCCCGACCAAAGUACACAGCGCUGUCGCAGCACCGGGCUAUCAAGAGACUUUCGGAUCGCUCGAAAGACAAUGUCGAAACCAACCUCCUGAACCACCGCUACGGCGUGGCCACAUCCUACACAGCCGAAUCCUGGACGAGAGACGAAAUUCCUCAGCCUAAUAUCACCGAUAAGGCUACGGUCUUAGCACUCGCAAAAAUUGCAGCUGAUGCAUACGUCGCUGUCGAACGCACAGGGGACUGGCUGGAUGUUGGGUCGCCAUACAAUCGUUCCGAUGACUUCGGGUGGGAUGGUGAUGGGCUCCGCGGUCACAUCUUUGUCGACCAGAGUAAUGGAACCGUUAUCAUCGGGCUCAAGGGGACGUCUGCAGCGGUUUUUGAUGGUGCAGAGACAACGACUAACGACAAGGUAAACGAUAAUCUGCUGUUUUCAUGUUGCUGUGCACGUGUCAGUUACUUUUGGUCGACCGUGUGCGAUUGUUACUCCGGAACUGCCUACACCUGCGACAACAUGUGUCUCAAGCGCGAGUUGAUGGGAGAGAAUCGGUACUAUCGUGCUGCUUUGAACCUCUACUACAAUGUUACGACCAUGUAUCCCGAUGCAAGCGUCUGGGUGGUCGGACAUUCGCUUGGCGGCGCUCUCUCGUCGCUCAUCGGACAGACAUACGGACUUCCGGUAGUUACAUUUGAAGCUCCUGGCGAAGCGCUUGCCGCCGAACGACUCGGCCUCCCGAUGCCUCCCUCUGGCGCUCGUCAGUCUGCAGAAGUCGGUAUUUACCACUUCGGUCACACCGCUGACCCUGUCUUCAUGGGCGCCUGUAAUGGUCCCACUUCCGUUUGCGCCAUAGGGGGUUACGCGAUGGAGACGCAUUGCCACUCCGGAAUGGAGUGCGUCUACGAUGUUGUUGGCGACAAGGGCUGGCGAAUGGGACUGGGCUACCACCGCAUCCAGGGUGUCAUUCGUGAUGUCAUUGAAGUGUAUGACGACGUGCCAGAGUGUACUUUUGAGCCUGGCUGCGUCGACUGCUUCAACUGGAAGUACGUAAGCGGUAACGAUACGCACACGACAACUACGAGCACUACUGCUGUAUCCACCACGACGUCGAGCACAACUACAUGUUUCACGCCGGGCUGGUGGGGAUGCAGAGACAUCACCACCACAGCCACCACAGGAACCCCGAGCACUACGUCCUCAACCCAGACCGCGACCGAGACCUGCACACACUACGGCUGGUUCGGCAAGUGCUUAGACUCCACCACGACAACCACCACCGGAACCUCGACCACUACUCCGGAAAAAACAUCCACCCCGACAAUGACCACCAUAACCAAGACUUUGAUCAUCACGACAUCCACAGCGUCGGAGACAUGCUCACACUACGGAUUUUUCGGGAAAUGUCUUGACCCAACCUCCACCAUCGCAUCUUCCAUCGCCACGGCCCAGCCGACAACGUCAGAGACGUGCUCCCGCCACGGCUGGUUCGGUGGAUGCUUAGACCCGGAAUGGUCCACCCCCGCCCCGGGCGCAACCACAUCUACCCAGCCCGAGUCGAAAGGCGGGUGCCAGAGCCGUGCACUCUGGGGCGUCGGGUGGUGCCGUGAGUGGGCAGAGGAAGAGUUGUAGCCGACCACAUUUUUUUCCAUUUGAUUUCUUGGAGUUUUCUGUUUUUUCCUACGUCAUGAGUCCCGUUAUUAUCAUGCUAUGCUAUGCUAUGCUAUUAUUCCAUCCCCCGCAUGUGGGUGCAAGUCAAUGUUUUUGGUGUUUUUGAUUUUUGAUUUUUUUUUGUUUGUUUGGAUCUGAUUGGAGUAGACUGUAUGAUUUGCAUGGUGUAGGAGGGGAGCGGAGGGGUGAGGGAAGUGGGGGCUCCUUUGUAUACAGUAUAUGUGCUAGGACUGAAUUGAGUUUUCCA